CAAACUGGAAGGGAGAGAGAGGAAGGUUAUUUAAGCCUGAGCAGGUCUGGAGGUAUUUUACAGCGAUGGCUUUCUACAAAGUGAUGUGUUUGGCUGCUGGGCUGAUGCUCCUGACCCAAGAGUCUGAGUCACAGCUGGAUGUUUGUGGUCAAGCGGCUCUGAACACCAGGAUUGUAGGAGGACAGGUGGCCCCCGAUGGCAGCUGGCCCUGGCAGGUCAGUCUGCAAACAUCUGGGUCCCACUUCUGUGGAGGAUCCCUCAUUAACAGUCAGUGGGUGCUGACUGCUGCUCACUGCUUUAAAACCACCGACCAGAGUGGACUGAGUGUGAAUCUGGGCCGUCAGACUCUACAGGGAUCUAAUCCCAAUGCAGUGUCUCAGACAGUAACACAGAUCAUCAUACAUCCAAACUACAACUCUAAAACCAACGACAACGACAUCUGCCUCCUGCGGCUCGAAUCACCGGUGACUUUCACCAGCUACAUUUCUCCCGUCUGCCUGGCAGCUUCAAACAGCACCUUCUACAGCGGUGUUAACAGCUGGGUCAGCGGCUGGGGCAACACUGGAGAAGGAGUGUCGCUUCCUUUUCCACAAAACCUGAUGGAGGUGGAGGUUCCUGUUGUGGGAAACAGGCAGUGUAACUGUGACAAUGGAGUGGGAACAAUCACUGACAACAUGAUCUGUGCCGGGUUAAGUGCAGGAGGAAAGGACUCCUGUCAGGGGGAUUCAGGAGGUCCAAUGGUGAGCAAGCAGAGCGGUCGCUGGAUUCAGGCGGGAGUCGUCAGUUUUGGGGAAGGUUGUGCCAGGCCCAAUUUUCCAGGAGUCUACGCCAGAGUAUCCCAGUACCAGACCUGGAUCAACAGCCAGAUCUCCUCCAACCAGCCGGGCUUCAUGACGUUCACGUCCACUGGGACCAACAGUGACCUCAGUGUUACCUGCAAAGGACUGCCACCAGUGCCAACCACCACCCCUACUACCACCACCACCACCACCACCCCUACAACCACCACCAGCAAACCGGUGUUCUGUGGACAAGCUCCGAAGAAUUCUGGCAUUUUGGGAGGAACCUCGAUGGCGACAGCCGGCUCGUGGCCGUGGAUGGCGAGUCUGCAGAAGAAUGGAAGUCAUGUGUGCGGUGGGACUCUGGUGGCCUUGGACUCAGUGCUGAGCAACGCCGACUGUUUCUCAAGCUCUCCUGUAGCGUCCGAGUGGACUGUCGUGUUGGGGCGUCUGAAGCUAAAUGGAUCCAACCCCUUUGAGGUGACGCUGAAUGUGACUAAUAUCACUCUGAGCAACACGACCGGGACCAACAUAGCCAUCCUCCGUCUAUCUGCCCAGCCCACCCUGACCGACUACAUCCAGCCCAUCUGCUUGGACAACGGGAGAACCUUUGCCGAGGGCUUGGCGUGCUGGGCGGCCGGUUGGAGUCCUGGAAGAGGAGGAGCUGAGGAAGUUAUGCAGCAGUUUAACACCUCGGUGGUAAACUGUGGGAACUCAUCAUCGAGUGAGAGCAUCUGUACAGACGUGUUUGCACUGCAGCAGGGUGAUUCUGGCGGCCCGCUGAUGUGUAAGCAGGGCGGCUCUUGGUUCCAGGCGGUCGUUUUAACAGCUCCUGACAGGAGGAGACGAAGCUCAGUCAUGACCUUCACCAGACUGAGCACUUUUGAUGCCUUUCUGAUGAAGACGCUGGGGACAUUCUUGUCUCCAGCCUCCAACACCACCACCAACACAACCACCAACACCACCACAACUACCUCAAGCCCCGUAUCACAAAGCAGCGGGGGUCGUCCUGCUCACUCCUUCAUCUUUGUCCUCUUCCAUCUCCUCAGCCUCACCUUUUGUCUCCAACUCUUCCUGUAGAGAGUCUGACUUGAUUGACAUGAUGUGAUGGACAUAAAUGAAUGUGAACAAGCUUCGACUUUACAGACUUUACACGCUUAAAGCUCUGCCUGCUAAUCUUUGACUUGAUUCUGCCUUAAUCGGUUAUCUACAAAGAGCUCAGUGGUGACGUUUGGGCGGGUUUACUGUCAACCAAUGAAGACUUUAUUGUACCUCUGCCAAGAAAAUGAAACUAGUUGUGCAAUGUGUCCUAUGACUUCAGUGUUUUUACUAUGAAUUCUGACUCAUAUGCUGUGUAUUCUUAGUUGUUUAUGAUUAUGCUUAGAUUGGACAGUUUCUGCCAGAAGACUUGUACGUGUUACUGUUAUACUGUUAUAAUCUUUUGCCAAGCAUUUACCUCAAGAAGCAAAAUAAAAUGUGAAAGUUUUUCUUCUUCUUAUCUCAAUAGUUUUUUAUUUUUUAUUAUUUUCCCAGUUUUGGAGAUAUCAGCUGUAGAGAUGUCUGCCUUCUAUUUACUGUGACUGAUGUGAUGUGGUCAUGAAAAUGAGCCCAUUUAUUCGCAGACCGACUUUGUCUAAUGGCAACACUUAUGGCAGGUUUUAGUGACAGUGUUGGUCUUCUUAACAAUCUCAUUUUGCAACAAAAAAAUAACUGAAAUGAGAUAAAGGUGUGAUAAAUUACUUUAUAUGCUAUUGCAUUACUCAUUAUAUUACAAAAUGUUAAAAACUGAAUAACAUUGCAUUGUGAAAUGCGCAACUACUCAAAAUAAAGGUGACAGCUAAGCAGGUAG